CCAACAUACAUUUGAAUCUCCAACAUUUCAUAUUCUAAGCGAAUAGAGUGUUUCUUUUUAGCUGCCAAAACAGGUUGGGAUGGAUCCUCUUAUCCAGAGAUUGAAUGUUGCUGCUCAAGAUGGAAGUAUCGAGGAGGUGUACGCAGUGAUUGGUGAAAAGCCGGAUGUAUUGGAGGAAAUUGAUAAGAAACAGUUUGUUCAAACUCCUCUUCACAUAGCUGCAUCUGCUGGGCGUGCCCAUUUCGCCAUUGAAAUUAUGAACUUAAGGCCAUCGUUUGGUCGGAAGCUAAAUCCAAGUGGGAAAAGCCCUCUGCACCUGGCUGUCCCCUUGAGUCUGCCUGUGCUACCCACACCAGAUCAAAUUGAGACUGAGAAACGGCAAACCGAAACUGCGAUAAGGCUCAUCAACAUUGAUAGCGAGCUCAUCCGUGUCCAAGGGAGGGACAUGAUGACACCGUUGCAUUACGCAGCUGAAAGAGAUAAAUUCGAUCUCGUGGCUGAAUUUCUGUGCGCCUGUCCAGCAUCUAUCGAGCAUUUGACGAUCCGAGGUGAGACGGCUAUGCAUGUUGCGGUGAGAAACAGCAGCCUAAAAACUUUUCAAGUCCUCUUGGGAUGGUACCGCAAGGUUGAAAAUAAUAUGUGGAAAAAUCCCUCCCUUCUGAGUUGGAAGAAUGAAGAUGGUGACACACUGUUACAUAUCGCAGCAUCCUCUAACCAAUCUCAGAUUGUGAAGUUGUUGAUCAAGCGUAGAGUGAACAUGAAUGAGAAGAAUUUAGAGGGUUGGACGGCGCUUGAUUCAGGUUACAACCACCAAGAAGUAAAAGAUAUUUUAAUGGGUGCAGGAGCUUCAGGAGGUGUAUCUGUUAGUAAUUCCAAUAAAGGAUUUGCAUAUCAUUACAUUAGAAUGGCGAAUAUUAUAUUGAGAACAGAGGCUGCAAGACUUGAAUCUGUUAGUGAUUCGACUAGUCUCGCAGACUUCAUGAGGGGGCUUGUGCUCGUUACUCUAGCCAGGGGUUUGUCAGAAGAGAUGCGCAAAGUGGUACAAGUGGUGGCUGUGCUUAUUGCAACGGCUACCUUCCAAGUUCCACACAACCCACCAAGUACUGGUCAUCCAUUCAAGUAUGUGGUCAGUCAUCCAUUCAAGUUUACUAUCAACUUGUCGUUUCCAACUUUGCUGCAAAUCCUUGUGGUGUUCAAUUCCCUAGCAUUUUUCACAUCAAUCGGAGUGAUAGCUUAUACCCUCCGAAGUGGGUUUGUGAAUCAGGUGCUCCAAGUAUGUCUAUUUUUUCUGACAUUAACCUACAUCUUUUUGGUGGCUACCCUGCAGCCAUCACCGGGUGAACAUCAUGUUGCCUUCAUUGCAUCUUUCGUCAUGUUUGUACUUCUUUACCUAAUUAUCUUUCGCAAGAUUCUUCAGUCUCGGUGGGAAAAUAGGACUUUUUCGGUUUUGUCAAAAGCCAGGUUUAACCCUUCUCGCUUCUAUGACAUGCGUAACCAAAUGGUCGACUGGUUAUGAGGUAUUCAAGGAUUCCGUGCGCGCGCGCGUAUAUAUAUAUAUAUAUAUAUAUCAGAAAUGAUCUCUCUUGUAGACUGGUGAUUAAUAAACUUAUCCACACUAUGACACUAUGUAUUAUUGUGAUAGAUGAAUGUCAUGGUUUUGUUUUUUUCUUUUUUCUUAUUUGGUAACCUUCUUUUAUACUUUAAUUGUAUUGGAUCGUGCAUGUUGAGAAAAUUUUGUUAUAUAUAUCUAUAUAUAUAUAUAUAUGCGCGCAAACCCAUCUUCAAAGAUCACCUAGAAAAAUUUAGUGGCAUGUGAAUAUAAGGUUUUACACCUAUAA